CUUGAAAACCGUUUCGGUUAUCUUUUUUUUUUUUCACCCGACCGUCAAGUGCCGCGCGACUGCCGUCCCGUCCUGGUGCGCGCGUUUACUGUGUCGAUAAACAACCGCGGGCGAAUCGCUAGUGCGCGGCCGACCGUAAACAUUUCACGUCCGCCGCGUCCCAGGGUCAACCGGCGCGCGACGAGUGCAGUCCCGGUGCCAGGGCCGGCCGCUCGAUGGUCAGCGUGCGCAGCUGACGCCGGCCAUGGUCGUCGCGGCGGCGAACUCACCACGGCGUUGCGCGGGCCAUGAAGAAGACUGUUGCCGGCGGUGACGGCGGCGGCGGCGGCGGCGGCGGUGGCGAACGCAAAUCCCUGCGUAACAGGCGGCGCCGCGUGUUGGACGACGACCGGCCGCCACCACCACCGCUGUUGCCGCCGCCACCGCCACCGCCACCCGCGGCCACGAUCACCAGUGGGGCGCUGCUCAGACUGCAGACGGUGCAUGUGACGCCGGUCGACGCGAGGGAUUCUUCGGCGGCCUCCGCGGUCACCGACGAUUGGCUGUUCGCCGACUGGCUGGACGGUAGCGGCGGCACCACAACGGCAUCAGGUGCUACGCAGCAGCAGCAGCAGCAGCAGCAGCAGCAUCAGCAGCACCACCACCAACAACAGCAACAACAGCAGCAGCAACAACCCGAAACCGAUAUGAUAAUGGAGUGUACUGCCCUGGAGCCGGGCGUCGGGCCUCACGGCCACCACGCGCACCAUCACCAUCACCAUCAUCAUCAUCACCCGUACUUGCUGGCCGAGACCGCGGCCGCCGUCACCACAGCAGCCGCGGCCGCCGGACACUUCAACGUGCUCAGCUUCGAACCGUACAAGGGCGGUGCGGUCACCGGCACCGGCGGACACGUGGGCAACGUCGGACACGGCACCGGCAGCUCGGCGUGCCACAGCCCGGCGCAGGGAAACGCCGGCACUGAUCUCAACACGCCCGUGACCACGAGCGCCGAAGUGCCUUCGUUUUUCGGCCCGUCAACCGUCGUAGAACCACCUCUCAUCACAGGAUCAUUACAGGACCCCGACGAUAACGGCAACAAUCGAAACGCCGUGGAACACAAACUGGAAGUAUCGCUGCAAUUGAAGACCGAAGCCAUUGGCGGCGAACCGGAACAAGAUGAUGCAGCCGGGCAGGACGUCAUGUACUCGACCAACCCUAGCAUGCCGUCGGGUCAGUCCAGGAUCGGUAGUUAUAGGUUCUCAACGAACAGUCCUAUGCAAACAGCACCGCCGUGCUCAACCAGUUCCUCGAAUAACAACAACCACCUCAACACCUCGUGGCUUCUGCCCAGCCCGGACAAGAACAUGUUCCCACCGUUGUUCGGACUGCUGCCCCAGCCGUCGAGCACGCCCACCUCGUACCACAGCUCCAGUUCGCCAUACGAAGACAGAUCUCAACAGAGUCAAGUAGAACUGCUUGGGCUGAGUAUCGAGUGCGGUAAGCAAGCGACUACCACUUACACCGGUUGCGGCGGAGUGACUGGGAACGACCAAGAUCUCAUAUACCACGGCGGCCGCGGUCAGAUGAUGCAACAGCAGCAGUCACCGGUAAGCAAAUACCAUUGGCUGGACUCACCCGUCGAGUACGGCGGACAACCGCAGCAACAGCUGCAAUCUCAACAGCAGCAACAGCAACAGCAGCAGCAGCAACAGCAGCAGCAGCAGCAGCAAAUGGUUCCCAAACAAGAGUUCACCAACGUGGUGGACGUACAGUCGCCGGGCUCGUCGAGCGUGUCGCAGGGUUACAGCGCGGUGCAGCUGGCCGAGUACAACCCGUCGACGAGCAAGGGACACGAAAUACUGUCGCAGGUGUACCAGCAGUCAUCGCUGCCGCUGAAGCUGGUGCCAGUCAAGCCACGGAAGUAUCCGAACAGGCCCAGUAAGACGCCGGUACACGAGCGGCCGUACGCGUGCCCGGUGGAGCACUGCGAUCGCCGGUUCUCCAGGUCCGACGAGCUCACCAGGCACAUACGCAUACACACUGGCCAGAAACCGUUCCAGUGCCGUAUAUGCAUGCGGUCGUUCUCCAGAUCCGACCAUCUCACCACGCACAUUCGGACGCACACCGGCGAAAAGCCGUUCACGUGCGACGUGUGCGGCCGGAAGUUUGCCAGGAGUGACGAGAAAAAGAGGCACGCCAAGGUGCAUCUGAAGCAGAGGACGAAAAAAGAUACCAAAAUGGCGGCGUUGCUAGCACAACAGCAACAACAGCAGCAGCAGCAGCAGCAACAGCAGCAGCAACAGCAGCAACAGCAACAACAUCAACAAGGGUCUUCUCAACAUAUGCAUCAUAUGGGAUUCCAACCGGGUGAUGCUGGUCACAUGUAGACUCGUUCAUGUUCAAAUAUGUCUUUAUACAUUUAUUCCCUUUUACGUGUAUUCUUCGUACGCAGGGUGUUAGCGACCUAAAGGUAAGCACUGAAAAAACUAUACCGUUACCAUGUUUUCAGUUUAGUUCUAACGAUAUAUAUAUAUAUAUACAUAUAUAUAUAUGAGUCUGUCCGUCUUGCGUUUCUUUUCUUAUUUUUAUUAUUGGAUCACAGAGUAUUUAUAUCGCCGGCAAUGAAGUCGUUAAAUUCAAAACAGGGACAUAACUAUUUGUAAUUAUUGGUGCUACAAUGCUACAUGAUCAUCAUGUCUUCAAUGUAGGCCACAUUGAGUGUACGGAGUACGUUGUCGUAGAGCCACUUAAAUUUCAAAUCUACUUUAAACUUUAAACUCACGUAAAGUUUACUCCGUGAAAAAGUUAAAAGUACAUUUUUCUCCUUCAGUAUUUUAUACCAAUAUAAAUCACGCAUCUUGUAUUGCAACACUUUUUAAUGUUUCACUAAUCUGUGAUCUAAAAUAUUUUGAGUGAAAUUUCAAAUUCUAGAAACAUAAUAUAUGUUUGUAAUUUAAAAUAGGCGCAUUCGCGAUGUUUAGUGAUGUGUUCCGUAGUUAAGCCAUAUGUUUCUCAAGUCAUAUGUAAAAAAAUAAUUAAUAGUAUUAAUUUGCAUCUGGUUUCCAGAUUCACAAAUUAUUAUGGUGUCGAUCUGCUCGGAUCGGACUCAUUUAUGUACCUGAUUAAACCACGAUUAAAAAUAUAAUGCACGAAUACAUUCCUUGCAAAAAUAUACAUUAGUGGACUAUAAUAAUAGUCCCUCGUUGUUUUUGGCAUUUAUUUUAUUUGCUUAUUAUCAAUACUACCGUCAUUUUCUUUUUUAUUAUUAUUAUGGUAUGCCUUUUUUGCAUUCCAACAUGCCUAUAUUUUUUUAUUGAUCUUUCUUUGAAAAUAUAGUUUAUGGAAAAUUCAAAUUUUAAGGCUAAAUCGGUACGAAUUCUUUACUUCAUAAAAUUUACAACAUAUUUUAAAAGACAUAUUUUUGUACAUGCGGAAAAAUG